AUGAUAUAUUACAGUGAUGUUACAAAUCAAUUUCCAGGUGGAUUAUAUGAAUAUGUUCGUCAAGUGUCAUUAUUUGAUGAAAAACCUUUUGAACAUGAAUUUUUUCUUCGAAUUCAAAAAUCAUUUCCAUUAUUGGAAAUAUUAUGUGUGAAGAAUAAAAAACCACAAAUUCGUAAACAAUCAAAUGAUAAUCAACAAUACUUAUCUCUUAUUCAAUUUUCUUCUCUUAGUGAACUUCGUCUCAACGAUGUUCAUAAUGAUUAUAUAGAAGAAUUUCUAUUUCAUACAAAAACAUAUUUAGCAAAAAAUGUCAACCUUUUUAUUGAAUAUGAAUCGUUAGAACGAAUAACACACAAUUUCACAAGAGAAUGUACACGAAUUAAUUGUGCAAAAGUUGAUAAAUUAUAUUUAUGGGGUAAUGAUGAAUUGAAAUGUGGAAAUUCUUUAGGAAAAUAUUUUCCUAUUGCCAAAAUAAUUAAUCGAAGAAGAUAUUGA